UGCUGUGUUGUGUCAUGGCGCUGCACUACAGCGUACAGCGACAGGCAGUAAACUCCGGGUUGUUCUGUUCAGUUGUAUUGCUUUUCACACUUCACUUCAGUACAGCUUAAAUGGCUGUCUUGUUCGCUAAUGAUCGCGGGUGGCUGCUGGACUCCUGUUCUCUCAUAGACGAAGGUUUAGAGCGCUGUUUUAGUGUAAAGAAGGGCUACUUCAGGUGCCGAUUCAACGAACACUACUAUGAUCUCUCUAAGCCUCAUAUUGUGGACAAAGACAGGACUGAUGUUUCAAACAGCAGUGAUCUAUUAAAUACUGAGACACCUGAGAGAAUCCACCUGAAGGCACGAAAGAAAAGAAAGCGGAAACGGAGUGAUCUCAAUCAGGGGGAGUUGGAUGCUCAAGCCUUCCAUGAAAAGUUCAGGUUGUUGGUUCUGGAGGGAAGUCAGCCUCUUAUUCAGGCUGGACAUCACUGCGGUUACCUGACAGAAGCUUUACAUACAGAGCCAACUAAACAAACACCAGUUCAUGUGUGCCAGCUAGCUGCUCUGUGUGACAUGGCCAAGCAGCUGCUUCCAGUGGAGGAUGCUGAUGCAGUGUCUGUACAGGCUGUAAAGGGACAUGCAGAUUUGGAUUCACACCUUGAUCUGUUCUCACGCCUCACAGAAAACCACGAUAGCUCCGCACGGGAGGUCACGCUAAUGGGAGAGAUUUAUUUUCUGCCUCCCCGCAGCCGCUUCCUGUUGUCUGAUUUCACACGCUUAGAGCCACUGGUCAACAGUGGAGAAAAAUUUGAUCUAAUAGUUCUUGACCCACCAUGGGAAAAUAAGUCUGUGAAAAGAAGCAAUAGGUACGGUUUCCUGCCGUCAUCUCAGCUCAAACAACUUCCUGUCCCAGUGGUGAGUGCAGCAGGAUGUGUGGUGGUUACUUGGGUAACCAACCGUCCUCGACAUCUUCGGUUCGUCAGAGAGGAGCUCUACCCUCACUGGGGAGUGAAGCUGUUAGCAGAGUGGCUGUGGGUCAAGGUAACCCGCACAGGAGAGUUUGUUUUCCCUCUGGACUCGCCACACAAGAAGCCAUAUGAAGUACUGUUACUUGGCAGGUUCUGUGCCAACAGUGACAACACAACUAGGCCUGAAGAGUGUGAGAUCCCAGAUGAGCGGCUCAUAAUUAGCAUUCCCUCAGCACUGCACUCUCAAAAGCCAUCACUGUCAGCUGUGCUGAGGCCCUACAUUAGGCACAAUGCCAGGUGUCUGGAAAUGUUUGCUCGAAGUCUACAGCCUGAUUGGACAAGCUGGGGAAAUGAAGUUAUAAAAUUCCAGCACCACAGCUAUUUCACCACAGAGAGCAUGGAGAGUGCAUGUGAUGCACCUACUGACAGUUCGGAUACAAAUCAGCAAGUGGAUGCUGGGACAGCAGACACAACUGCCCAGCUGUGAAACUGUGAUUCUUUUAAUAAAUAGAAACUGCACUACUGUAUUUUACUUAAUUUAAAAUUUAUCCUUUGUAUUAAACUAAUUUUAUACAAUA